UUUCCCAAGUUUGUGCAUGAGAGGGAGAGGAGGAAAACUCAGAAGGAAGUGGCUUAGCCUCAACAAACUCUUUUUUACUCCCAAAGCCUUUUUCCUCUGACCCGGCUGAGACUGCUGCUCUAAGAGGAGACCCCCGACUCAGAGAGAACCCCCGCCUGCCGUCAGAGGCUGAAAGGGCCCUGCAAGCUUUUCUCGGUUCCUGUCUAUUCCAGCAGCCCCAGAGGCUCUGAAGCCCCUCCAUGAAUCCUCGGAAGAAGGUGGACCUCAAGCUCAUCAUCAUCGGAGCCCUGGGUGUUGGAAAGACUUCCCUCCUCCACCGAUUCGUGCACAAGACAUUUUACGAGGACUAUCAGACCACACUGGGAGCCAGCAUCCUCUCCAAGAUUAUCAUACUGGAUGACACAACUUUGAAGCUACAGAUCUGGGACACAGGAGGACAGGAGCGAUUCCGCUCCAUGGUGUCUACAUUCUACAAAGGCUCUGAUGGCUGCGUCCUGGCUUUUGAUGUCACUGACGUGGAGACCUUUGAAGCCCUGGAAACCUGGAGGGGUGAUGUUCUAGCCAAAACCAUUCCAAUGGAGCAGUCCUACCCCAUGGUGGUGCUGGGGAACAAGAUCGAUCUGGCAGACCGGCAGGUGCCACAGGAGGUAGCCCAAGACUGGUGUAAAGAGAAGGAUAUUCCCUAUUUUGAAGUCAGUGCCAAGAAUGACAUCAAUGUGGUACAAGCCUUCGAGAUGCUGGCCAGUCGGGCUCUGUCAAGGUAUCGAAGCGUCUUAGAGAAUUACCUCACAGACUCCAUCAAGCUCUCACCAGAAGGCCAGUCCAAGAGCAGCUGCUGCUGACCUUCCAGACUCCCGCUCUGCACACCCAGGGACAGAGCAUGCGCAAGGCCUGGUCAUCCUGGGCCCCCAACAGCCCCACUGCCCGCCGAAGCUCAGAUGGCAGUCCAGGCUCUGCGGCCAGAGCCCUGAAUCCCUCACAUCUGCGCGGGACCCAGAACCAGAGGGCGGCCCUGCCUCAGGCUGAGUGUAGAGAGGCCGGGGCUGGGCCCUUGAGCCUGGAUGAAACCCCGGAUGCCACAGCCAAACCCCAGAGGAGUCACGAUUCCCUCGUGGACUCCAGCUUUCUUGCCACACGCCCUUCCCAGCCACACCCCUGCUCCAGAACGCACAUCUCUGCAGACAGGCCGCUCUCUCUGGAGUCCUGUUAUAUUCUCCUACGGACUGGCCUUCCUCAGCCCAACCACCACACCCCCCAAGAGCCACAGCACAGCUUUGGACAAGGGUACAGCUCAGGCUCCCUCGUAACCGGGGCCAGGGAGUGAGGGUCUACCUCAACCCCUGGCAGCAGCUGUUCAGACCGGGGGCACUCCCGUUUGUCCCCUCCAGAAUGCAGGACUGAGGGAGCGCAGGAGAAACCCACCGGGGACUGGUGCAUUUCUCCCUGCUGGUGCUCAGGCAACUCCCAUAACUCUCUUUGAGCUUCAGCUUAUUCAUCUGUCAAAUGGGAGUCACAUGUGCCCUGCCCACAUCAGUGUGGUUUUGAGGACCAGAACCUCUGCUUGAAUCUCAGUUGCUCUUGUUGAGAUACAUUUACUAUUCUUUCAACAAGUAUUUUUGAGUAUCUACUAUGUACAAUGCAUUGAGGUCCAGUGACAAAUGUAACCAACCUUGCUCUCCUGGAUCCGACAUUCUGGCGAGGGAGAGAGGCAGGAAACACAGAAUUUAAACAGGUAUUUUCAAAUAGCAGGUAAGUGCUUGAACAAAGUGAAACAAGGUAAUGGGAUAGAGAGGGACAGUUGGGUGCUGUUUCAGACGAAGUAGUCCAUGAAGGCUUCCCUGGGGAGGUGACAUUGGCUCAAAGGCUAGAGAAUGAGAAAGGGGCUGCCACCUGAACUUGACAAAGAACAUUCUGAGGAGAGGUUGCAUCAAGGACAAAGGCCCCAGAUCGAGGACAAACUUGUGUUCCAGGAACAGUAAAAAGAUUAAUUUAUCUGAGGACUCAAGAUUUUGGAUCAUCUUUACUGUCAUUAUUCUGAAUUAUUUUUCAGGUUUCACCCUCAACAACCAGGUACAGCAGACCAUCACCAUGCAGUAUGCAUGCAGCAAACUUGGCAUCGACUUUGACAGCUUCCUUGCUUGUAUGAUCCGCCUGGAGACCCUCUUCAAACUGUUCAGCCUUCUGGACAAGGACCAGAAUGGCAUUGUCCGGCUCUCUCUGGCAGAGGAAUCACUAGGUUCCUAGUGGAGGAGUCCAGGAAGAAGAACAAGACUGACAACAACCAUAGCUAUCACUUUCCAGAACUUCCUGAGCCACAGACUUCACAUACAUUAUCUUGUUCAUCUCAUAGCAAUCCAGUGAGGUGGGGACCAUCCUUAUGCCCAUUUUCCAGUGGGGGAAACUGAGUCUCACAGUGGUUACGUCCCGCGUGGACAGUCUGUCAGCUGGUGAGUGGCAGAGCCGGCAUUUAAACCCCACACCGUUUGGCUCCACAUCCCACGCUUUCCCUCCUUACUGCACACUGCAUCCCUGGGCCCCUUCCAGCCGCUAGCCCCCCGCCCAAGGGGAGCCACUCUCCUGACUUCCACAGCAGAGCCUUCACUGUUUCACCAUUAAAAAUAAUUUUGUGUAGGUUUUGGUUAGACUUCCCUUAUCAGAUUAGGGAAAUCCCUUUUGAUUCUGAGCUAGUUAAUUUUUUAAAUCAUAAAUAGAUAUUUUGAAUUUCAUCGAAUGUGUUUUCUCUGUCUUUUGAAAUAACCAUACUGUUUUGUUCUCGUAAUGCUAAUGGGGUGAAAGAUAAUUACAGAUUUUCUGAAGUUAAACCUUACAUUCCUGGAAUAAACUCAGCUGAGUCAUGAUGUGUUAUUUUUUUCAUAAAGUGCAGGAUUUAUUUUGUUAAUAUUUGUGUAGGAUUACUGUCUUUAUGUUCCUAAAUGAAGUUCCCCUAUGAUUUUUCUUUAUUAUAUUUUUCCAGUUUUAGCAUCAAAGGUAGAGUGGACUCAUAGACUGAAUUAGGGAAUAUUCUUUUUCUUUUUUCUUCAAAGAAUUUGCAUAAUAUUAGAAUGAUAUGUUCCAUGAACACUUGGUAGAAUUUACUUGUAAAAUCAUCUGUGCCUGGUGAUUAUUUGUAGGAAAAUUAAACAAUUGAUUCACUUGUUUUGAUGGUUAUGAGCUAUUUCUAUUUGAGUUGGUUAUUUUUCAAAGAAUGUGCUCAUUUCUUCUAAGUUAAUGCAUCUUUAUGCAUUCUUUGGCAUGUAGUUUUUUAUAGUACUCUCUUAUCUUCUUAGUCUCUGAUGGAUCUCUCAUUAUAUCCCUUUUUAUUUUUAAUAUUAUUUGUGCAUUUCUCUUUCUUGCACAAUUCUGCUAGAGGCUUGCCUAUUUUAUUCGCGUUUUCUAAGAACCAACUUUUGGUUUUUGUAAAUCUUUGUUUUCUAUUUCAUUAAUUUCGACACCCAAAGUUAUCUUUCUUUAAAUUUAUUCUGUUGUUCUUUUUCUAAUUUCUUAAGUUGGGUACUUAGCUCAUUAAUUUUCAGCCUUGCCUCUCUUAUACGAAUAAGCAUUUAAGUCUCUACGUUUCUCUCAUUUCUCUCAUAGUAUCUUUUUUAUUGCAUUCCAGAAGCCUUGGUAUGUUGUAUUUUCAUUAUUGUUUAGUUCUAAAUAUAUUUAAAUUUCUCGGGGUCUUUUAUCCAAAAGGUAUUUAAAAGUGAGAUUUAAAAGUUCUAAGCAUAUGUUUUUGAGGUCUAAAUUAAUUGCACUGUGGUUGGAAAACUUGGUCCAUAUGAUAAGGGAUAUUUGAAAAUUUUAACCCUUCUUCUAUUCCAUGGUUAGUCUUUGUAAAUAUUGUCAUAUGGAAUCUAUAUAUGUUUGAUAAAUCAAACGAUAAUUGCAUUUUUAUAUUUUUACUAAUUUUUUGUCCUAUCAAUAAAUAAAAGAUGUACCUUGAACAUUG